AUGAACGGCCACUCGAACGGAACCGUCGGCUUCGAUGUUAGCGGUCUUGUACCUGCACCAGUCACCCCUUUCAACGAAGACGGAUCAGUUGAUUACGAAGCAAUUCAACGGUUGGGAAGCUGGCUCGGCUCUAUCGAGGGGGUCAAAGGGCUAGUUGUGCUCGGACAUGCGGGCGAAGGAACAUUCUUGACCGUUUCAGAGCAAUCGGACGUGAUCAGGGCCUUCGUCAAGUCGACAAAUGGUCGUGUUCCAGUCAUUGCCGGAAUUACCGGAGAGGGCACAGAAGUUGCUGCUCAGGAGGCAAAGCGGGCCAAAGAAGCAGGUGCUAAAGCUGGUCUGCUUUAUCCCUCCCACGGCUGGCUUAGGUUUGGCUACCAGCCCGGUGCGCCUCAGGACAGAUACAAGGUCGUAUACGAGACCUCCGGCCUACCCCUGAUUCUGUUCCAGUACCCAGACAACACUCACGCAACCUAUAAUCUGCAGACUAUGCUCGACAUCUCGGCACAGCCUGGUGUUUUCGCCAUGAAGAAUGGUGUUCGUAAUAUGCGCCGCUGGGACACCGAGAUUCCAGUCAUCCGGGAACAGCGCCCGGAUCUUCAGAUUCUUACCUGCCACGACGAAUACCUUUUGCACACAGCUUUCGACGUUGAUGGCAUGCUCGUCGGCUAUGGCAACGUUGCUCCUGAGCUCUUGCUCGAAAUGAUUGAUGCUGGAAAGGCAAAGGACUACAAGCGAGCUCGUGCCGUCCACGACAAGCUUCUUCCCGUCACGAAGAGCAUCUACCACCGUGGCUCGCACAUGGAGGGCACUGUCGCGUUGAAGCACGCUCUUGUAGCAAGAGGAAUCCUCACACACGCCAAAGUCCGGUCACCACUGCUGCCGCUGCCUGAUGGUGCCGAGGCCGAGAUCCACGCUGCUGUCCGAUCGGCGAAGUUGACAAAAGCUGUGACGAAUGGUCACUAG